AUGUCGAACGAGAAAUUAAUGAUUAGCGUUGUUACUCCAUCACAUAAUCGUUUAGAAUAUUUAAAAGUAGCCAUAAUGAGUGUUCAAGUUCAAGUAUUAGCACCAUUACCCAUUGAAUUUGAGCAUGUUAUUCACGACUGUGGAUCAACUGAUGGAACAAAAGAAUAUUUUGAACAAAAUUUGCCAAAAGAAAAUAUUUAUUACAUAAAAGAUGACGGUACGAAUAAACCGGAUACGAAAAAUCGUCAAUUGGUUAAAGCGACGGAAGAUAAACGAAAAGAUGGUAAAGGUGAAUUAGCUGAUAAUAUCAUAUUUAUUCGAUCUGAACACAAAAUGCCACCAUCACAAGCUCGAAAUAUUUGUAUUAGAAAAACAAGAGGACAAUUUAUUUGUGUUUUGAUAACAGUUGAUUUUUAUAUUUUGCAGGAUGAUGAUGAUGUAUUUUUACAACGUUGUAUUCAUAACUUUGCACAUGCCAUUAGAGAAAAUAAAAAUAAACAAUUUUUUAUAUCUGAUUUUCUUAGAGUUAAUGAACAUUUACAAUACAUGCCAAAAGAAGAUUAUUAUGGUUGGGUAUUUAAAGAUUGCAAAGAAAUGUUGCAAGCAAUAUUUGAUAGUUGUCAUUUUAUCCAAGGUAAUGUAUGUUAUAGUAAAAAACUAUUUGAUGAUGCUGGAGAGUAUGAUGAAACUAUUGGAAUGGCUGAAGAUUUGGAUUUAUACGUACGAUUUUUAAUACAUGGUGAUCAUCCAGUUUAUCUACCUGUUAUAUCACAUUUGCAUCGAAUGCAUACAGCUAAUUUUUCAAUUGGUUGUGAUCGUGAUAAACAUCAUAAUGAUUUACGUGGAAUCUAUGGAAGAAAUGAGCAAAAAUUAAAAUCAUUGGGCGUUGAACUUACGCUGAGUAAUUAA